AUGAAAUACUUCAACCUGCUGCUCAGCCUCUGCCUGGUGUUCAUGCUGUGCUCCUCGUGGGUCGCGGCCUUCUCCAGCCUUGCCACUCCGAACCCAACCCCGCCGACUUGGAUUUCGUCCGACAACAACGCACCUAGCGCCGUCCAAGGACCUCCGACGGCGGAACCCACGAAUGCCACCCCAUUAAUGAGCACUGUCUAUCCCCUCUACGGUGCCUAGAUUCAUGGCCAAUUUAUGAAUUAAAAAUUCAACUGCAAUUAUAAUUAAAUACGUGUAAUCUUCA